AAAAAAAAAAUGCUUUCUCAAACCGGAGUCUGAUCAAACAACUUCGAUGCAUAAUUAAUUAUUUCAGUUUCAUUGAAUCGUAUUGGGCGAAACCAGUUGCGGAUUGCGAAGAGAUUGCUUUAGUUCCAAACAUCCUCACGAGUAUUUGAUGACUUGAAUCUCACAGGAACAGUUUGUUCCUUAUAAGCAGAAUUACACAGUGAAAGCUUUCUCCUCUGCAUCUAUCUUCUCUCUGCUUCCAACUUUCACUACGACCUUAGGGCUACGUUCUUCAACGGAACUUGAUUUUCCCAGUUAAGUUGGUGAGCGGGAUCAUGAACUGUGAGGUCUGCCACCUUAAGGAACUGGAUCUGGAACACUUUGAGAUACGAGAAGUACUACGCUGCCUUGAGCAUGAGUGGUGUAGUAAAGCAGCGUGGUUGGACACUUGGACCAACAUGAUUGGAUUUGGUUGCCCCAAACCAAGGCAAACCGGAGCUAAACCAUUUGCUCCAAAGGGGGCUGGUUAUGAGCUAAAGGGAGAAGACCCAUCCUCCUCCUCACUAAAAAAUACCCAACCGGGACUGUCAUCAAGUCUGGCCAAAGAAAUAGUCUUUCGGGUUGGAACACAAAUAGCCUUGCUUCUACCGCCAGGUAUACUGCACACAAUUGUGUUUCAUAGAGCUUUAGGUCUUAUUCGGCCCAGGGAUAUUGAUUCUGAACUUUUUGACAUUACUUAUGUUCAAUGUGGAGAUGCUGAACUUGAAAAGAAGAUUGAGGAGAAAAUAGACCAGUUCAUUGGUUGGGUAGAAAAGCAUCCAAAUAAGAAAAGUCAGAUUUGCCUAUCUUUCUAUGAGGUGAAAAACAAGCAGGCUACUUGGUUCAGCAACAAAAUUGAACGCUUGUAUUGGGAACAAUGGUAUAUCAAUUUGAAUGUAGCACAACACCCAAAAGCACAUUCCAGCAAGUCUCAUCACUCCAAACUGGUAGUAGAUCCAGGAGAAAGUACAUCAGAUGAGAGAAGUGUUCGCCGAGCUACCCUUGAAGCAGCUCUCCGUGAGGUCUUGUUUCAGAUUAUUAAAUUUGUCAAUGAAAAAAGAGAUCACAUUCCCCCUGUACCAAAUCAUGAGGGUGUUUCAUUUCCUUAUGAAAUCACAAUUACAAGUUCAUCAGAUUCUUCAUUUGGAAUGGACAUGUUCAAGAGGAUGCUCCAAACUGGACACCCAACCAUGCUCAGCUGACUGUCUUAGAUGUAAAUCAGAUAUGCAGAUAUGCAGAUAUGCAGAUAUGCGUUAAUAACAGAUUGGACUAGAUAUGCUGAUAUGCGUUAAUAACAGAUUGGACUAUGUAAAUAUUGUGCUGGAGGUUACCCAAUACCAGACAUGGGUGAGUUGUGCUCAACUCAGUAAAGGAGAAGAGGUUUGUAUAUACAAUUUCAAUGGUAGACCUUUCCCUUUUCUACUUUGUUUGCUGAAGAAAGGGUGGGGCCUUCACUGACUUUACCCAAGAUAUGUAUGCAUCUUUUGGUAGAUCCUAAAUCUUUAACGCAAAAUUUUCA